AUGAUCCAGGGCAUGCGCGCCAGCGGCGCCGCGCGCUUCCUCUUCCGGCACAACGACCCCGCCCACCUGGCGGAGCUGCUGGCGCGCAGCCCCCCGGGGCGGCCCCGCAUCGUGGCCUUCGAGUCGCUGCACUCCAUGGACGGGUCGGUGGCGCCGCUGGGCGAGCUCUGCGCCGUGGCCCACGCGCACGGGGCCCUGACCUACGUGGACGAGGUGCACGCCGUGGGACUCUAUGGGGCGCGGGGGGGCGGCAUCGCCCAGCGCGACGGCCUCGAGGGCAGCGUCGACAUCGUGGCCGGCACCCUGGGGAAGGCGCUGGGCUCGGUGGGCGGGUACAUCGCAGGCCCCGCCCCCCUGGUGGACACUGUGUCACAUGUGUCCCUGUGGGUCUCUAUGGGUCUCUUUGUGUCUCUAUGGGUCCAUACCUGUCUCUACUGGUCCUUACGGGUCGCUAUGUCCCCAGGGAAGGCGCUGGGCUCGGUGGGCGGGUACAUCGCGGGCCCCGCCCCCCUGGUGGACGCCGUCCGCUCCCUGGACCGCCUCUCCGAGUGCUGGGGGGCCCUGGGGCUGCCGCGGGCGCCCCCCCCCGCGCAGGCCUGCACGUCCUGCCGGCGGCCGCUGCCCCUGGAGCUGCUGAGCGAGCGCGAGCGGGAGCUGUUCGACGGGCCGGGCGCCCGCUACGUCACGGCGGCCGCCUGA